AUGAAAGUGUAUGUAUUUGUUUGGUGCUAUGUGAUGAAUUUUACGAUGGCUGGUCUUUAUCAACGUCGAUUGAUUAAGCAUUUACUUACCGAGCGACAACACGAUCCACUUGAACGACCUGUUCAAAAUGAUUCUCAAACAUUGCCAGUUAGGAUAAAUCUAGCAGUACAACAAAUUAUUGAUUUCGACGAAAAGAACCAAGUGAUAAUCAUUAAUGGCUGGAUCGUUCUUAUGUGGCAUGAUUACAAUUUGAGAUGGAAACCGCAAGAUUAUGGGAACGUUGAAACGAUCAGAAUUCCAAGUACAUUAAUUUGGAUACCCGAUGUGCUUCUAUAUAAUAGUGUCGAUGAGAAGUUUGAUAGCACAAUGAAGGUCAAUGCCGUUGUUCAACAUACAGGUGAUAUUUUAUAUGUUCCACCAGGAAUAUUUAAAUCCAUAUGUCCAUUUGAUAUUUCUUCCUUUCCAUUUGAUACACAAAAUUGUACAUUGAAAUUUGGAUCUUGGACGCAUGAUGAUUCAGGAAUCAACUUAACAGCUGAGAGUAGCAAAGGUCAAUUGGAUGCAUAUAUAAAAAAUGCUGAAUGGGAUUUGGAAGAUUUCUCUGCUGUAAAUAAUGCAAUUAAAUAUGAUUGCUGUCCAACAUUAUAUCCAUUCGUGCUGUUUACAAUCCGCAUCCGUCGACGUUCUCUUUACUAUGUGACGAAUGUUGUCGUGCCGUGUUUCUUGAUUAGUUGUAUGACAAUACUUGGAUUUCUCUUAGCACCGGAUAGCGGAGAAAAACUAACAUUGCAGGUUACAAUCCUUCUUUCUGUCAUCACGUUUAGUCUCCUGAUCUCGGAGAUAAUGCCACAAAGUUCCACAGCUAUACCGAUUAUCACAAUGUAUUUUUUAAGUGUCAUGUGUAUGUCAACAAUAUCCGUUACUGCUUCUGUAUUCGUCAUUUCACUCCAUUUUCGAAAUGCAAAGAAUUACACAAUGCCAUUCUGGGUCCAAAAAUAUAUCUGCUUGUAUCUGGCAUGGUUGUUACGCAUGAAACGUCCUGGAUAUGAGUUAACAUGGCAAUCCAUUCGACAUCAACUAUCAUCGACGAUCGUUCCGUCACAUAUCACCAAUAAAACUGGCUCUCCCGAAUGUCCUAUUGAAUCGAUUUCCGAUGCUAUAGCCACAAUCAAUAAACAAUCGUCUUUCUUUUCUAUUAAUACCGAAAGGCAACAACCGAAAAUCUCAACGACCGCCACAUCAUCGGUCCAACAUACAUCUGUUGAUUAUCAUGCGUAUGAGAUCGAUAUCAUACGUUCCGAGUUACGUACUGUGAUUUCUCAUCUGAAUGUCGUAACGAAUUAUAUAUGGCAUCAAGAAAAGUACGAUAAUGAAUCACAAGAUUGGAAAUUUGUUGCCAUGGUCAUUGAUCGUUUAUGUCUUAUUCUGUUUCUAAUCCUGAUGACUAUCUUUACAACUAUGACGUUACUGUCGAUACCGAAAUUCGAUCGUUCACAGUGA